GGUCGGGUCUGUGAAUUCACGUGGAGUGCUCUAGUACGGAAACGGAGGUUUGGUUCGCACGGUAGUCACUACUUCGCCGCGCUGCAGGCAUAGAUUUUCUGCACACCAUGAGAGAAUGACGUAGACGAAGAGGUAGAUUACUCGCGAGAACGUAAGAAGAAAGCUGUUCACCGAUGUGCAGGGCUUUGGGGCUCCUGCUUCUGCAAGUUGUGCUCCUGCGGCACUGCUCCACGAGGACAACAGACCUAAACGAAGGCCAGCUGCGGCUUGUUGCUGAUAGCCUCACCAUGACGCACUGCAGGCGACUGGUCGAAGCGAUGCGCUCGGACGACGGCAACUCCGUGCUCCUGAGCACUCCUACAGGAGAGAAUGAGCCAAAAUCCAUCUCCUGCUUUCGACUACUGGAGCACUGGAAUAACCACAGGGGCCCAAACUCAACCUUUCAAGUCUUGCUGAUGCGCCUGCAGGAGCUUGGACGGCGAGAUUUGGCUGAUGCGCUGGCACAAAAAGUGUACGGCGAGAAGGCCCUGGCUGUGCAAGAGACCCUUCUCGAUAAUCCCUUUAAAAAACUGAGUCCCCCUGGUGGCAGCCUCCACGACAGAAGCCAGUUCAUGUCACUGAAAGAAGCCUUACAAUUAAAUGCAACAUCAGCAACGCAGGAACGCAGCAGCACGUUUGAAGUGGUUGCCUUCUCAUUGUCCGUCUCUCUCAUCAUGCUGCUGGCCGUGUGCAUUUGCGACCGUGUUACCAGCAGGUGUACCAUCAAAAUCCCACGGUACAAUGCACGUCGCAGCCAGUCCGAUGAAAACUUCAGCGACUCUACCAUGCAUCUUUUGCCCAACGCUGUUUAAACCUUGCACUUGUCUUAGGCUGUGUAAAACUCAAAAACCGUGUCAUUUCUUUGGGUGGAAUUAAAGCGGAACUCACAUCUC